AUGAAGAACAUAUACCUGGCUGUCUUUACCAUUCUGAUAUUUGUGAGCUACGCCUCUGCUGGUCCCGCUGCCUACGGAAUCUGUCAGGCCGGGUGCGCAGCUGUGGUGAUGGCUUGUUAUUCAGCCGCCGGGUAUACGUGGGGAGCCACGCUCGGUGCCACAGCACCGCCUACUAUAGUGGCUUGCAAUAGCGCUUUUGGAGUUUGUUAUUCUUCUUGCGCUGCCACACUGUUGGCACCAACCCUUUGA